UAUAUUCACCACUUUCUCUUUCUAGAAUUAUCUUCUACUUCCAAAAACACAUCCUAUAUUUCAUUUCAUGUUCAUUCAUAUAUAUUAGCAUUUCAUAUGUCUAGUAGUAAUAUUUCAAAGAAGGAUAUGGAUCGGAUCAAAGGUCCAUGGAGCCCCGACGAAGAUCAAAUGCUUCAGCAACUCGUUGAACAACAUGGGCCGAGAAACUGGUCGUUGAUCAGCAAAUCUAUACCGGGUAGAUCCGGUAAAUCUUGCCGGUUACGGUGGUGCAACCAGUUGUCACCGCAAGUCGAGCACCGUGCGUUUACGCCGGAGGAAGAUGAGACCAUUCUCCGGGCACAUGCCCGGUUUGGUAACAAAUGGGCCACGAUAGCCCGGCUUUUGUCGGGUCGGACCGAUAACGCGAUUAAAAACCACUGGAACUCCACGUUGAAACGGAAAUGUUGUUCGAUGACUAAUGAAGAGUUUAAUGAGUUUGCGGUUCAACAACCGUUGUUGAAACGGUCCGUUAGUGCCGGUUCAGCUGGACCGGGUUUUUUUAUAAAUCCUGGUAGCCCGACCGGAUCCGACACUAGUGAUUCAAGUGUACCGGCGUUAUCCUCGUCGCAUGUUUUCCGUCCGGUUGCUCGGCAGUUCGCCGUCGCUUCUCCGCCGGUUGACGUCGCACCGCCUCCGUCUGCUCCGGCGAACGAUCCUCCGACGUCGUUGAGUCUCUCACUUCCGGGAGCCGAUUCGAUGGAAUCUCCGGCGCCGAUGCAGUUAACACCUCCGCCGUCUCCGGUAGCGAUUCCGGCGAUGCCACUGCAGCAGGUGGCGUCAAAUGAAGAGGUGAAGUUAAUGGGGGCGAUGCCGGCAGCGGCGAUAUCGGCGGCGAUGAAGCAGCUGCAGGUGUCGGAGCCGGCGGGGGUGGGGAAGGUGGUGGUGCCGAUGAGUGCUGAGUUUUUGUCGGUGAUGCAAGAGAUGAUAAGGAAGGAGGUGAGGAAGUAUAUGUCGGGGGUGGAGCAACGGAACGGUGGUGGUGGAAUGUGUGGUGGUUUUAGGGCGGUGAACAGUAGAACCGGGAUGAGUAAGAUCGAUUAGAGUAGAGUGUUAAGAAGAUCAAUGGCGGAACAACAAUGAACAAUCUUUGUUUGAUGUCUAGUGCUGAUUUUAUGAAUAUUGAUUUUCAAAACAAAAAUAAAAUUGUACAGAUGAUGAUGAUGAUCAAGGUUUAAUGAAACGGAGGAAAAGAAAUCAGUUUUUUUUUUUUU